CUCUUGGUUUAAAUAAAUGAGACUGGCCACACCUGCAUUUGGCAAACACUGGACUGAGUUUGGCUCGAUAGUUUGUCACCAGCUGGUUGGACUAGUUCACAGAUCACCAUCUGCAUGGCCACCAAAAAGCCAUUGUUUGCAUCCAGUUUAAUUUGCUUGGGAAAUGCGGAGCGCGUUUUCUCUAAUUGAUGAGGGAAAUGAACACCGUCCGUCAUUACUGUCUCUUUGGUUAUUUGGUUUAAUCCGUCAAACGUUUGUGUUUUCUUAUGCAUGCAAUCCACUGUAAACUAGACCGCAACUGAUAGCGUCAGAUAAGUGAUCCCCUUUCCUCCACGCUCGACUGGAGGUGGUGGAUUUUUCAUCAGCCGACAUGGCGUCCCGUGUCUCCUGGGUGCGGUUGUUAUGGGGAUUGUAAACUGUGUGGGAACGUGUAGGAGGCGGGACUCCGCAAGUGUCUGGAGAGAGUGGUCGGGUCACAGAAAGUGAGAAGCAAGCUGCGGGGCGCACGGGGGUCCAAGUGGGCGCGCGUAUGCACACAGAUUAAUAGUGGCUCCAAUGGAGGGGAGGUUACGUCGAAGUGUGCCAAACCUCCCGGUGAUCAACCCAGACAGACUGAAAACAGCUAAGGCCCUGGUGGAAAAAGCAGUCAAGUUGCAGAAGGUGUUUUCAGUGCAGGGACCGUAUCCUGUGAUCCGUUCUGCCUUAUGGGCAAGAGGUUGGGUGGAACGCCGCUUGCCCCUUUCUGUCCAGAGAGCACCUCAUUGGCAUGGUGAUGAGGAAGAUGAUGGUGAUGAUGGUGAUGUCAGUACUGAUGCUGCUGAAAGAGUGGAUGAAAGGGAGAAGGACGAGGACCUUGCUGACAUGUAUGACCUCAUGUCUCGCUUGGUUCGAAAUGAAACAUCCUAUUUCUACUGGACGACACGUCGGGAUUCCAUAGACUGUCGCUCACUACAGAGGGACCAAAUGACCAAUCACUUUGCCAAUGCUGCUUCUUUCACAACCAAGGUGGGGCUGUGUGUGAACCUGCGGAACCUUCACUGGUUUGAUGCGGCAGACCCUGACACCUUCUUCCCAAGAUGCUACAGGCUUGGGGCAGAGGAUGAGAAGCAAGCCUUCAUAGAGGACUACAGGAGGACGGCAUGCACCAGCCUGCUGCAGUAUGUAGUUGAGACCAGCAGAUGGAGGAGGAACAGAGGAGAGGGAGUGGAAGAAAAAUCGAAGGUUGUCUCUGUGGAGUCUGAAGAGCAAAAGACAGAGAGUGAAUGUGCGGUACAUCGACUUGUUGGUCCAGGAAUGAUUGACAGAGCUUUACAUGUAUGUCAAGAGUUUCUCAACAUGUUAGAACACAGUGAUAUUGACGUUACCAUGGCAACACCCCCCGUGCUGACAGAGCAGCAGUGGGAUGAGUUUCUGCAGGACUACUACCUGGUUGUUCAUGAAGGAGCAUCGAUCAAGGGAAGCAGUGUCUUUGUGGAGCGCUGCCAGGCCAUGUUAACCAGAUUACAAGAGGUUUGCCCACAGCUGGACACAGACGGACUACAGAACAUCUGGAUCAUCAAACCAGGUGCCAAGUCACGAGGAAGAGGUAUUAUGUGUAUGAAUCAGCUAGAUGAGAUUCUGGUACUGGUGGACAGUGACUCAACCCUGAUUAAAGACAGUAAGUGGGUGGUUCAGAAGUACCUGGAACGUCCUCUGCUGGUCCAUGGCACUAAGUUUGACCUACGCCAGUGGUUUCUUGUCACCGACUGGAACCCUCUGACCAUCUGGUUCUACAAAGAGUGCUACCUGCGCUUCUCCACUCAGCCCUACUCAACAAAAACCCUGGACAGCUCAGUCCACCUGUGUAACAACUCCAUCCAGAAGCACUUCCAGCCAUCCCAUAACCGCCACCCAGAGUUGCCUGACGACAACAUGUGGUCUUGCUCUCAGUUUCGGGCUUUCCUGCGGGAGCAAGGCCGUGGGCCAGAGUGGGGGACUGUGGUGGUUCCAGGCAUGCAGCAGGCAGUGAUUCAUGCCCUUCAGACAGCUCAGGACCUGGUAGAGGGCCGCAAGGCUAGCUUUGAACUCUAUGGAGCAGACUUUAUGUUGGGCAGAGAUCUGAGGCCCUGGCUUCUGGAGAUCAAUGCUAGCCCCACGAUGGCCUGUUCCACAGCUGUAACUGCCCGCCUCUGCCCUGCUGUGCAGCUGGACACACUGAGGGUUGUGCUGGACUGGCGGACUGACCAUCAGGCUUACACAGGAGGCUUCCAGCUGAUCUACAAACAGGCUGCAGUUGAAGUUCCUCAGUAUGUGGGAAUGAACCUGCUGGUGGAGGGUGCGCCCAUAAGGCGCACUAGACCACCACCUCACAGACACCCUGUCAUUUCCAAACAAUCCCUCACCACCCAGUUGUCUCCAGACCAAUCAUCUUCAGAGGAAGCAGAAAUGACAGAUAAAUUAUCUGGUCACAAACUUUAUCCAGCCUCAGCUUACUGUCACUCAGGCAAGGAGAACCAAUCUGUUGGAGACAAGAAGAGGCAGCUGCCAUCAGCCUCUCCAAAGAGGCAACAUGAAGGGAGGACAACGGGUCAGAGUAUCUCCUCCAGUCGCAGGUCCUGCUCCAGUUUGGCACCAGAGCAGUGUUUGGUGAUGCACACUGAACCACAGAAGAAGGCCCGGCGUCUGGGUUUGAGUUUUAGAGGGGCACCUCUGGUUCCUAGAACACUCUCCUAUUCCCUCAACCCCCCUUGCAGCAUAUCAGACUCCAAACCCCAUCCCAACCCAGUCCUCAGAUCACAGAGCUCUAGGCCCUGCCCUCCCAGGGCGGCUACUGAACCCCAGUGCAGAGCUCUUAACACGGGCCUUCCCUCACUCCAUGGUCUUCUCCCAGCCCUUGAGGUUUUUAGCUUGCGCCCAAACAUUGUGGCUGGAGGCCUUGCCAGUCGCUGUCCGGCCCUCUCCUCACAUCCCAGGCUCCAGAGGCACCAGUCCUUUCCUCACUCUCACAAACAAACAGUCACCAAAUUUAAAGACGGUGGCACAAGCAACUUAAACAUUAGCAGUUUUGGAUGUUAACAAGGAAGACUUGAAGGGAUUUUGCAGUAUGGGAGGGAAUUUGCAGUAUGAAUUCAAGCAAGGGAAGAAAUGGUUAAAAAGGUUGUGAUGAUGAUGACUUUUUUGUAUUUUCUUGGGUUGAACGCUGAAUCGCAUUACUAUGUCAUAUCAGGGGUAAAACAUUAAACAUGCAUUCUAUAGUGAUGAA